AUUUGGUGAAUCGAAAGUCCACUUAUCUGCUUGAAGAAUAUCCUCUGGACUCAGUGAUCUGAUCUCAGUGAGAUUCGAUAAACAAAAUAUCUGAUUAAUCGAAUUCUUCUUGUUCCCUAGAAGAGAGGUAGUUUGAAGUUUUAGUUCUAGAAUCGGAAUCAAGAAAUAAGCCAAGAAAGCAGGGUGGACUUGAGUUAGUGCAGAAGGAGAGGAUUGACCACUAAUGGUGGCAUGUUGGUGGAGAAAGCACCAAUCUUGCACCCCAUUGAGCACCCACUCCUUUUAAGAGUGAUUAAUAGUUUUCUGUUCUGUUUUGUUGAUGAAACAAUAAAAUAAAAAUAUCUUACUUUUAGGCGACUGCUGCAUUUGGAGGACUUUGCCAACUCUUCUCAGAUUCACAGAAAGAAUGAAGCUUCUUCAGAAGAGAUCAUCACUUGGGUUGGGUUGUCUUCCAGUUGUUCGGAACUAGCUGUAAAAGAAAGAAGCAAACAGAUCGAGCUUUGUCUGAAAAUGGGGGGUGUAGUCUGCAAGGAGGAAUCCCACAAAUCUUCAGCUUCGUCGGAGACGAAGAUGGAGGCCAAAAUCAAUGAGGCAAUUAGGAGAAGAGGGAGUGAAGGGAGCAGCAGAAUCAAAUCAUUGGACAGCAUUAUAUUGAAAUUUCCUAAGAUUGAUAAAAGCUUGAGAAGAUGUAAAGCUACAUUUCAAGACUUUGAUGAGGAUGGCAAUGGCGCCGUUGAUCCACAAGAGCUGCGGCGCUGCUUCCGGAAGAUGGAAAUUGAUUUCAGCGAGGACGAGAUAAAUGACCUCUUCAAAGCUUGCGAUAUAAACGAAGACAUGGGGAUGAAAUUCAACGAGUUCAUAGUUCUCAUUUGCCUUGUGUACCUGCUCGGGGAAGAUCCGACUGCUCAGCAUGCGAGAUCUCGGCUGGGAAUUCCGAAUCUGGAGGCAACUUUCGAGACACUGGUGGAUGCAUUCGUAUUUCUCGACAAGAACAACGAUGGUUAUGUGAGCAAGAGCGAAAUGGUGGAAGCGAUGAAUGAAACUUCUUCGGGAGAACGGUCUUCGGGGAGGAUUGCAAUGAAAAGAUUUGGGUGUCAAUGUUUGUGCAUUUUAGAAGAGAUGGACUGGGACAAGAAUGGGAUGGUGAAUUUCAAGGAGUUUCUAUUUGCUUUCACUCAUUGGGUUGGCAUUGAGGAAGAAGAAGACAUUGAUGAAGAAGAACACCAAGGGAAAGAGACAAGACCUAUCUGAAAUUUGUUACCUUAUGUAAUAAAAUAAAUAAAUUUCUGUAAUUGGUUGCCACAUUUGCAAUAAAUGGAUCCAAAAAUAAUGAAUUA